UCAAGAAAAUGGGGAUCCUUUGUAAAACCGCUUCAAUAUUUUUCUCUAGGGUUUUUGUCACUCUGAAAAAAUUCCAACUCAGUUGCAAUGGCGGAAUCAAUUUGCAGAGCACUAAGAGACGGAGCUCUAGAAGGAGAGCUGGCGCCUGCGCUCACCAUAAAAGACUCCGUCGCUUCUCCCUUUGGUGUCCAAGUGCUCGAUCACGUGCUUUCUCAGUUCUUCUCCUGCAUUUUGGCAGGAAAAUCGCCGUCACGAGGCCUUAUCGUCGUUUCAUUUUCCCGGAGUCCAUCGUUUUAUUUUGAGUUGCUGAAAAUAAAAGGAAUUAGUGUCGAUUCGUCAGAUAAAAGGAUUCAUAUUUUAGAUUGUUACAAUGAUCCUCUUGGUUGGAAGGAUCGGUUGGCAGAGACUGGAAACUUCAGGGCUCCUUCUCAUGAAGCUUCGAUUUUGAGUAGUGCUACUUUUCGGGAAGUGAAAAAUAUGGAUAAGUUGUACAAUUCAAUUAUUGAACUUGGAAGAGGACUAGUAGGAGGCGGAAAAAUCCGGUUUUCUAUUGCCAUAGACUCGGUAGAUGAAAUGUUGAGACAUGCAUCUGUGUCGUCAGUUGCACGUCUGUUAAGCAAUCUCCGUAGCCAUGAUCAGAUUUCCAGUAUCUUUUGGCUAUUACAUUCAGACCUUCACACGGGCAGAGUUACAUCUGUUCUGGAAUAUUUGUCAUCUAUGGUGGCGAGUUUAGAACCAUCAAUUGAACUUGCAAAUGGACAGAGAGGUGACAUGGAAAAUUUCUCUUUGAUCGAGCAUAACUCCAAGAAGGGAAAGUUCCAUGUUAGAUUUAAGAAGAGAAAUGGACGGGUCCGUGUGAUGUCGGAAGAAGUUCACAUUGAGCAGUCAGGCAUCAACUUUACAUCACUGUCAACUGAAGGAGCAAUUAAUCAUGGUCUUGUACCAAAGGUACAGUUCAAUUUGCAAUUGUCAGAGAAAGAGCGAAUUGAUAAGGCUAAUGUUGUACUUCCUUUUGAACACCAAGGUAACGGUAAACCGAUAGAAAUUUAUGAUGGCCGGAGAUCUCUGGUGAAUAGCAAACAUGAGAGACCAGUUGCUGCAGUGGAAAAUGUGCAGACGAACGAGGACUCCAGCUGGGGUGAAAUUAUUUAUUACCGUGAUUCGGAUGAUGAGAUGCCUGAUUCUGAUGAGGACCCAGAUGAUGACUUGGAUAUCUAAUUGUGCUUACCCAAUCUGUGAUGUGGGUUAUGCACAACAUUGCAAAUUGGUAGUAUUUUUUUUCUCUUUCUUUAACCAGGAACGAGUUAGAUCUCUUAGGUACCAUCUACAUAGAAGUGUAUUUUGCCUUUAAAGGUGGGAAUUUCGUACUAGUUACAACUGUGAGUCUGUGAUAUUGAAGUUAACGAGUUGUAGUUUUUUCAAACUUUGUUCUCGUGUUAAGGGAGAGGAAUGGGAUAGAAAACUUCAUUUUGUUCAA